AUGAUAAUAAUUGGUAAAUCAAUAUUCGAAAAACUUCUAGAAGCUAUUGUCGAUUCUAGUAGACAGAAACGUGAUAUCACAUCACAUCAUAUCAUCACAUCAUCGAUCCUAGUAGACAUAAACGUGAUAUCACAUCACAUCAUAUCAUCACAUCAUCGAUCCUAUAACAAUCGUAAUCUAGCAAAUGGAAUUGAACAACAAACACCUGAUUUAUUACAGCAAACGAAAUCGGAAACAACGGUGGCUCAACAACAGCAGCAGACACUUUCCAGUACUGGAGGAGGUGGAGGCAGUAGUGGAAUUGUGAACACAAAUACAGCCCUCAACGGAAUGCCGCCAAAUUCCUCGAUAGCGAGUUCAGUUGGAUGCGCUUUGUCCAUGAGCAGCAGUGGAUUGAGCAAUAGCAGCACCAACACCGUAACAACAACAGAUACAAUAAAUACAAUUUUAUUCGCGAGCAGUGAAAUCGUCGCCAGUCCCGGAGUAGCAACUGGAACAGUCGCGACUUGUAGACCCUCAUCAAACUCUGCAGGUUUGCCAGUUUUGGGUCUCCCAUCAAUGGCGUCCUCAAGCACAGUAGCGUCACAAACAACAGUCCCUACAGCGAUAGUAACAGGAAUUGGGGGAGCGGCGUCAGCAGCUGGUGGUGGGAUUGUGACAACUGCUGUAACUACACCGGCCGCAGCUUCUGCAACUUCACUUGCACUUGUAUCGGCUGCAGCACUAGCCUCUGCAGAUCAAAAGAGUCAACCAAAGCGACUCCAUGUAUCCAAUAUUCCAUUUAGAUUUCGUGACCCAGAUUUGAGAGCAAUGUUCGGGCAAUUCGGAACUAUUUUGGACGUAGAAAUAAUUUUCAAUGAAAGGGGCAGUAAGGGAUUCGGUUUUGUAACAUUCGCUAAUAGUAGCGAUGCGGAGCGAGCACGCGAACGUCUUCACGGCACUGUGGUUGAGGGACGCAAGAUUGAGGUGAAUAACGCUACCGCGCGUGUUCAAACUAAGAAAACACCGGCAGUACCAAAUGGUCAACCAUCAGUUUGUCUGACUAAAGGUUUGCGUUCAGUGGCCAGAAGAAUAUCGGUUGCCGAUAACAUGGCCGUUCUUGAGUGCUGUGGGCACAUCGUCACUUAA